CGACUGGGAAGACUGGCUUCCAGGGUCAGGGCAGCUGGCACGGCAGGCUCCUGGGGAGGCAGGAGGCUCCUCCAGUACCAACCAGGCUGUGACACAGCUUCUCGGGGAACCGGGCUGUUGUGAGGCAGUGUGUAGUAAUACAUCAGCGUCUUCUCCCAUGGCAGCAAUCUGUGCACAGCACUCCCAGACCCCCCAGGGGGCGUAUUUCCAGGAACUCCCAGAGGGCGCUUUCUAGAAAGUUCCACCUGAGAGGCGUUACUGCCGUUGUGUGAGGUGCUCGACGGGCUCCUGGAACAAGGAAAUGAUGACUGAUAAAGCAGAGGAGUCUGCUGUUGUGCCCCAAAGCCAAAAGAAACAUCCUGGGAAACCCAUCACUCCUCCUCCGUCUAAGAAAAUGCAGAGGAUGGCACUGCUGUCAGUGAAAGAGGAAGGAGAGGGAACAUCCCACCCCGGAGGCUCAGCCAUGACCUUGGAAGAUGUUGACCCCAAGGUCACGGCAAUGUCUGUGUCGGGAGAUGUGCCAGAUAAACUGCCAAUACCAAUAGUGAUCAAUAUGGAAGUCAAAGAGCAGUUGAAGAAGGAAAUUCGAGAGUUUGGAGGACAAUAUGAAAAAAUCCUCAAAUUGCUUGAAGGAGUACAAGGACCUCCAGAACUGCAGAGAAAGUUUGUGAUAUAUGCCAUGAAGCAAGCAGCAAAAGUCCAAAGACAAGACCUAAUCGGUCACCUUCAGGAGGUACUAGACAAACUAGAAUUGGACCACUUUCUCAAGAAAGAUACUCACACCCACAACUUAUAAACUUAUUAUGGAAAUGAUCAAUGAGAAAGCAGAACCAGGUGGCUGUCCUGGAUGCAAUUUGAUAUUGUUGACGCCUCCUGGCAUGAGUUCACUCUGAAAAUUGUUUUCUUGAGGCUAAGCAAAAGCAUUGCAACUUGAAUGUUAUAAGUUUCUGUUAUUAAAACCUGGGCUUUUGCCCUAAGUAUUUAGUUUGAA